GUAAAAGAGUUAUUUAUAUAAACUAAAUAUUUAAACACACUCCAUAUUUAAAGCCAUUUGUGUGCCCUAAAAAUACUAUUAAAGCAAUUCCACAAUCUAGCCACUUGAUGGCGCCAAAAUGACUUGAACCAGACUUUACGACAGCGCGCGACAGUCCAGAUGUCUUUCCGGUGGAUUUUUGUUUACGGCAGCGGCACCCAGCUUCCACAUGGCAGAGUGUGUUCCUGUGCAGUAGGAUCUGUCUGUUCACUCGUUUUGAGUUAAAAUGGGAAAGACGAAGAACACGAGGUUCAAGCGCCCGCAGUUACCUCCGGUAAAAGCUGUGAAACGCCCCGCCGAAGAUGAAGUUGAUGAUGAAGUUGAGUCUCCGCAUGCAGAAUUACUAGAAAAGCUGCAGAGUCCGAGUGCAGAUAUGCGUGAGUACGCCUGUGCGAGUAUUUCCCGAGUGGUUCAGCAGAGUCAGACGAUCCCAGGCUUCCUGCACAGAGACGCAGUGAGGAGGAUUGGGCCACUUCUACUGGACAGCAGCCUGGCGGUCAGAGAGACGGCAACUGGAGCGCUCAGGAACCUGAGUGCAUGUGGAGGAGCAGAAGUGUGUGAGGACAUGGUGAAGCAGGACAUCCUUACGCCCAUCAUCGCACUGCUGAACGAGUGUUUUAUGGGUUUUGAGGCGAGUUCGAGCCCAGUGAAGAAGGACCAGAAACCGACAGUUGAGGAUGUGGCAAAUGAAGCUGUGAAUUUACUUUGGAAUCUCUGUGAGAGCAGCAGUAAAGCAGUGUCAGUGUUUAAUAGAGCAAGACUCCUGGAUGUUCUGUUGCCAUGCAUUGAAAAACAUCCUCACAACAUCCAGCUCGCUUUAUCAGCAGCACACUGCUUACACACAGUGACUGAGGAUAACUCUGACCUGGCCGGAAGUGUGAAUGGCGCCGUUUUGUCUGCAUUAGAGAACGUGUUGCUGUCUGCACACUCCAGUAUGGAACAUGUCCUCUUACGCACUCUAGCUGCAGGAACUGUGUGGAACCUGAAGAGCUCCCUCUCCUCCUCCCGUCAGGCCGAGGCGCUCUCAGCUGUGGUGAAGACUCUGGCACACAGUCUCGGUGUGGACGCUGGAUCGAUGAUCCCAGAUUUGUGGCAGAGGGUGUUGAGUCGCCUGGCCAGCAGUGACAUGGUUAAUCCAGAGUCAUCAGGGACGGAGGAGCAGCAGGACGGAGCUAGCACUCAGGAAGAAGAAGAGAUGGACGAGGGAGAUUUAAAGAUGAACAGAGGAAAGAGGAACAAGAAAAAGCCUGAGAGAGAUUUUGCUGCGUUUCUGCCUAGGGACAAACCAGAGCUGAGAGAAGCUGUAGCACUAUUGACGGCACAGCAAACAUCACUGGAGAUCAUCGUCAACAUGUGUUGCUCAGAUGAACCCUCUGAUGAUGAGUGGGAGGAGAUGUCGAGCAGUGACGAGAGCGAGAUCUCUGCAGACGGGAACUCCAGCCUCUUCUCUCCUCUCUGUCUUUCUGCCGAGUUACACACCACGCUGCUGAACUACAGCAUACCACAACUGGUUCUGAAGAAAGCCGAGUUUCCCAGCCAUGCUGCUCUGGAGGUUUGCGGUAGAAAUCCAGAGUGGACGUGCCUCAUUAAGAAAAUGCAGCGGGUGCAGUGUCGGGCUCUGACGUGUCUCCAUAACAUGCUGGCUGUGAUGGAUGUGGAGUGUUUGGGUGGAGCUGCAGGACUGCAGGCCGUCGCUCAGCACCUCUCAUCUCUGAUCUUUAGCUCAGCUGCAGACGUUUUGAAGGACGAUGAGUUCUUGGAGGCCGUAACCAGUGCCAUGCGCUCGCUGCUCCAAAUAAUGGCCUCCAAAAAUAUCCCUCAGUGUAUGAGCCCACAGCAGCUGAUGAGCGUGUGUGAAUCAGCAAUGCAGUGUGAUGUGGUCAGUGUAAGGGUCAACGCUCUGGCCAUUUUGGGCAUCACAGGAAGUACGCUGGCUAAAGAAAAGGGAUCCGCUGAGACCCUGGAGCUGAUAGGAAACGCACUGCUGAGUGUAGCAUCAAAAGAUGUGAAUCUGGUGGCAAGUGGAGAAGCACUGGACGCUCUGUUCGACGUUUUUGCAGACGGCGAGGAGGCGGAGCGUGCAGCUCAAAACAUCAACCUGCUCACAGCGCUUAAGUCCCUCCAGCCUGCGUUCACUGCCAAGAUCCGAAAGGAAGGCCGAGGCACCUACAGCCGAGAUCAACUGUGCGUCCUGGACAACGUCAGGGUCAACCUGCGCAGGUUCAUCGGCUACCUGGAGUCGCUGUGCAAGAAAUAAAGCACUAAUAUCAGACAAAUUAAAUUUAAUGUGAGGUUUUAAAACUCCAGUCAGGAAUCUGUGGAACUGGCAGGCCAGUUUUUAUCUUUUUGUGUGUGUGAUUGCAAUUACACAGAACAGCACAUGUACUCUAUAUUCUUAAUUUGAGUGGCAGGUAAUAUAAUAGUGAGAAUUUAUCAUAUUAAAUAAUACUCUGGUCACAAGAGAUAAAAUAUUA